AUGACUGGCGCUGACGAGCACGGCCAGAAGAUCGCCCAGAAAGCCGAGGAUGAGGGCGUUACGCCCCAACAGCUGGUCGACCGUUACGCCGACGGCUUCCAGGCCCUCAACCAGCGUCUCAACACCUCCGAGGAUUUCUACGUGCGCACCUCACAAGGGCGGCACAAAGAGGUUGCACGUAAGCUAUGGGAGAAGUGCAAGGAGGUCGGUGACAUCUACCUGGACCGCUACGAGGGCUGGUAUUUAGUGCGCGAAGAAAGGUUCAUCACGGAGCAGGAGGCCCAAGAGUGGGACUACAAAGAUCCACUCUCCGCCGUUCCUCUGAAGAAGAUGUCUGAACCGAGCUUCUUCUUCCGCUUGUCAAAGUAUCAGAAGAGGGUGGUUCAGCACAUCGAAGAUAAUAAGGACUUCAUACACCCUGAGCAGUACAGGACCGAGAUAUUGGAGCGUCUUCGUUCGAUCGAGCUGCGAGAUCUGUCAAUCAGCCGUGGCACGUUCGAUUGGGGCAUCGAGUGCCCAGAGCCACUAGUGGACGGCAAACAACAUGUGAUGUAUGUGUGGUUCGACGCGCUCAUCAACUACGUCAGCGGAGUGGACGGCCAUGACAAGUCGAAGCCGCUGAGCCGCUUCUGGCCCGCAGACAUGCAUGUCAUCGGCAAGGACAUCUGCUGGUUCCACUGCGUCAUAUGGCCGUCCAUGCUGAUGAGCGUGGGUCUGCCGAUUCCAAAGAGCGUUGUGGUCCAUGGGUUUAUUGCUGGCCCCGAUGGGCGAAAGAUGUCCAAGACCUUUGGGAACGUCGUUGAUCCGCACGACCAGCUCGACCGAUACCCUACCGACACGCUGCGCUGGUUCUUGUGCAGAGAGGCGGAAUACGGAGAUGACCUGAAGUUUAGUGAGGACUCGCUCAAGCUCAUGCACAAUGCCGACCUCUGUGACAAGCUAGGUAAUCUGGUCCACAGGGCAGUGACGCUGUGCGGUGGGUCCAUUCCCGAGGCCGACUUCAAGUUGACGCCGUCGCUGCCAUUCGAUCUCAAGGAGAUGAAGACUUCUGUGCGUGGGGCUUUCGAGAGGUACCGCCUCGCAGAGGCUGCAACACUGGUGGCGAGUGCCUGCGGUGCGACCAACAAGUGGAUCGCGGACCUCGAGCCUUGGAAAAUGAAGGCGGAUUCGCAGCAGGCCCUGAGAGCAAUCUGCCUGAGACUGCUGCUGGAGGCCGUGUAUGUGCUGGCACACUUCUUCACGCCGUUCAUCCCGACGGCGGGCGACGCGAUCUUCAAGAAGCUCGGCUGCCCUCCGCGGCCCAUCGGGAGCCUCAGCGACUCCUUCCAGAACCUCAGCGCUGGCGGCCAGGUGAAGAGCGAUUCCAUCCUCUUCGAGCAGCUGGAAGUGAAGGCCCCGGAGGCGAAGGCCUCCGAGAGCAAGGCCGACGCGGCUGCCAAGGCAAAGCCGAAGGCCAAGGCCAAGGGUGCACCGUCGGCGGUCGACGACCCCACCCAGCCUCUGUUUUCAAAGCUGGACGACGUGAGAGUGGGCAAGGUCGUGAAGGCAUGGCACCAUCCAGAGGCAGACAAGCUGUUUUGCGAGGAGAUCGACGUCGGCGACCCCGAAGGGCCGAGGCAGAUUGUGAGCGGCCUGCGGGACCACUACACGCUGGAGCAGUUCGAGGGCAGAUUGUUGCUCGCUGUUUGCAACAUGAAGCCCUCUAAGCUGAGGAACGUAAUGUCGUCCGGCAUGGUGCUCUGUGCGAAGAACCCAGACGCGAAGGUAGUUGAGCUGUUGUCGGUCCCUGACGGCUGCAGCGUCGGCGACAGGGUGCUGCCAGAGGGGGUGCCCACAUCCUGGAGUCCGAUGGACCCAGAUGCGGUAAAGAAGUUUAAGAUAUGGGAGCAGGUGGCGGAGGGCCUCAAAUCCAACGCCGAGCGCGUGGCAUGCCACGAUGGCAAGCCGCUGGUCACCGGCUCUGGCGCGCGCUUCGUAGCCCCGACGCAAGCAGGCGCGCCCAUUAGUUAA